AGGCUACUUUCAUCUGUUUUACACGUGUCCACGAUGAAUUCGAAAGUAGAUGAACAGAGGGAUUAUCGGACUGUGUAUUCGUUAUUGUUAGUGUGCAAUACCGUGAGAGCUAAGCGCGAGGAGAAAAUGGACAACACAUCUGAAUGUGAGAAUGUUGAUAAAGGAUUUACGCACAUUUUUUUGCCCACUAUUUACCUCCUUGUGUGCGUAAUUGGAAUUGUUGCAAACGUCUGCGGACUGAAACUGGUGUUUAAUCGAUGGAGGACACUUGGAGACAUAAAAUAUUUCAUUUUGAAUCUUGGUAUUGCCGAUUUAUUGUAUGUCUCUACGCUUCCGUUCCUCGUCGGUUAUUACGCAGCUGACAGCGCUUGGAUGUUUGGAACUGUGUUUUGCAAGAUAACACGAUUUUGCUUCCAUCUAAAUCUCUAUGGCAGCAUCGGGUUUUUAACCUGCAUUUGUGUUUACAGGUAUCUUGGUAUUGUCUAUCCUAUGAAAAGUAAAGGUAUUGUGAACACACGGCUCUCUGUGGCCAUAAGUGCACUUGUUUGGACUUUGGUGGUCAUUCAAAUUCUCCCAGAUAUGUUCUUUGAAAAAACAGAGUUCAAUUCCACACCAUCCUGUUUUGAUACAACUGGUAAAACCCUUAUCAAGGAUUACCUGCCGUACAGCAUCGGAUGGACUAUAACGGGAUUUGUCAUUCCUCUACUUGUCAUAAUUGUCUGCUACGGGCACGUUGCAUUCGUCCUCAUGACCAAGGCGAAUAUCAACACUCUGCUGAAGCAAAGGAGUCUUAAAUUGGUCAUAUUUUUGACUGUGUUGUUUUCUGUGUGUUUCCUUCCAUAUCACAUUUUAAGGAAUCUUAAUUUGUCUACAAGGAUUUUGAAAAUGGAUGGAAUCUGCUACAAAACUUUUGACGAUAUUUAUAUAGCCUAUCAAGUCAGCCGAGGACUCGCUUGCUUGAACAGCGCCAUCAAUCCUCUCAUCUACCUUGUCGGGAACGACGAUUUUCUUAUGCGUUUUCACAGCUUAAGUAAAAGAACUCGAAGGUCAUUGGCGCAACUGGGCAAUGCUGUAAUUUACCGCAAACCAAGGGAGAUGGAUUCGACGGUAAAUACAGAGGCAGAGCCCAAUACUGUUACUUUAUUGUCUCCUUGAACUAUCAGGACUUUCUUAUGUUUGAACAGCAGUUGAUGUUAUAGAUUAUUCAUUCAUAUAUUAAAUGAGCCUUUUAGGAAUGCACGGAUUUCUGGAAUAUCAUGGAAUUUUAAGAAGUCUAUUCCAGACAUGAAGAGAAUUUACUUGCCAAAAUACAUUAAUACAAAUAUAUUUCCACAUAGAAUUGGUGUAUAUCUACACUGCGGGUGUCCCGCAGGCGGGACAAUUGCAGUACCCCCACCUCCCCCCAAUAUUCUAAAUCACCAUAUUGCUAUGUAGCAUAGUAAUAUUAUACACCAUUUAAAAGCUUGGGAAUCCAUAUAUGACAACAUUUUUUCAUGUACAAUCUGUAUAGUGCUUUACAUUGUCAGAUUAAUCUUACUAUGUCUCAAUUAAAUUUGAUCAA